CCAAGUUAGAGGAGAGCCAACAGCAUCCCAGACCCCCCUAGCCCCCCCCAACCGUUCCAGUCCCUGCAGCUCCUCCAUCUGCACAGUGGAGCUGGACGGACCAGCCAAAAUGUGGAGAGCAGUGCCACUCCAACUCUUUCUCUUCUUAUUAUGCAGGGUUACUAUGUCCCAGUCAGAAGGAUGUGAACUGGGGCAGUUCCACUGCGGGACAGGCCGAUGCAUCCCAUGGGACUGGCACUGCGACGGGACAUCAGACUGUUCGGAUGACUCUGAUGAACAAGAAUGCCCUCAGAUAACAUGUGAUGACAGUCACUUCCAGUGUUUGAGUGACGCCGAGUGUAUCCCAGAUGUGUGGGUGUGUGAUGAUGAGGAGGACUGUGAAGAUGGCUCAGAUGAGAGGCAAAACUGUCCUGGGAGAACAUGCACCACUGGCGAGUUCAGCUGUAGUAACGGGGCGUGCGUCCCGGCUGAGUAUCAAUGCGACCAUUUGUCUGACUGCACCGAUGGCUCGGACGAGAGAAACUGCAAUUACCCAGAGUGCACCGAGUUUAGAUGUGCUAAUGGUGCCUGCUACAACCGGACCCAGAGAUGUGACCGCAUACUUGACUGUCGAGAUGGCUCUGAUGAGAGAAAUUGCACACAACACUGCAGUACAAGCCUGUUUCAAUGUCAUAAUGGCAUGUGCGUUCCUCAGCGUUAUAUCUGUGACCACGACGAUGACUGUGGGGAUCGAAGUGAUGAACUCAAUUGCACAUAUCCUCCGUGUAGAGGCAAUUACUUUACCUGCCCCAGUGGUCGCUGUAUUCAUCAAGUGUGGCUUUGUGAUGGGGAAGACGAUUGUGAAGACUAUGCAGAUGAAAAAGGCUGCGAAAAUACAGUGCAUGAGUGUUACCCUGGAGAGUGGCCAUGUCCAUCCACUGGUGUGUGUAUCCCCAUGGAUCAGCUAUGUGACGGGACGCCUCACUGCUCUGAAGGGGAGGACGAAACCAACGCCACUGCUGGGCGCAACUGCAGUGUCUGGAGAUGUUCUUCUCUGAGUUGUGAGCAUCGCUGUCAUCCUUCUCCCAGUGGGGGAACCUGUUCCUGUCCUUCAGGCUACAUUGUCAACAGCAAUGACAGUCGCUCAUGUAUAGACUUUGAUGACUGCUCAAUGUGGGGAGUGUGCGACCAGCUGUGUGAGGACCGCAUUGGUUCUCAUCAUUGCAGCUGCAGGGAGGGUUACAUCCUGGAGCAGCACAGAUACUGUCGAGCCGGCACCUCGUUUGGAGUUCCUUCCUUGGUCUUUUCCAAUGGCCGAGACCUACUCAUAGGCAACAUCCACGGCAACAGUCUGCGGACAUUGGUACAGUCACAGAACAGAGGGGUUGCAGCUGGAGUGGACUUUCAUUAUGAUCUCCAUAUGAUCUUCUGGACUGACACCAUUCAGAAUAAGGUGUUUUCUGUGGACAUGGACGGGUCCAAUAUGCAGGUGGUUUUAAAUGUAUCCGUUGACUACCCCGAGAACCUGGCAGUGGAUUGGGUGAACAAUAAACUGUAUGUGGUUGAGGCCAGCGUGAACAGGAUUGACAUGGUGGAUUUGGAUGGAAGUAAUAGGGUCACACUCAUCACCGAAAACCUGGGUAACCCUAGAGGAUUGGCGGUGGACCCCACUGUCGGCUAUAUGUUCUUCUCAGAUUGGGAAGCCCUUAAUGGAGAACCUGGUCUUGAACGGGCCUACAUGGAUGGAAGUAACCGUUAUGGGAUCAUCAGGAGUAAACUGGGUUGGCCAGCUGGCAUCACACUCGACAUCGAAGCCAAGCGCAUUUACUGGGUUGACAGUCGCUAUGAUUACAUUGAAACAGCAACCUAUGAUGGUCUUCAUAGGAAAACUGUUGUCCAUGGAGGUGCUGCAGUACCACACCCAUUUGGGAUCAGCCUAUUUGAGCACAGUGUGUAUUUCACUGAUUGGACCAAGAUGGCGGUCAUGAAAGCCAGCAAAUUCACAGACACAACCCCUCAGGUGGUCUACACUACUUCCCAGACCCCACACGGAGUGGCCGUGAUACAUCAUCUCAAACAACCACAUGUGACAAAUCCUUGCAGUGUAAACAGAGGUGGGUGUGAUCAGAUCUGCGUUUUGAGUCACAGGAGCGACAAUGGAGGGUUAGGCUACCGUUGCAAGUGUCGCAUCGGCUACGAUCUACACACCGAUGGGAAGAAAUGUCUGGCCGUGAGGCAGUUUCUGCUUUUCUCCAGUCAGCUAGCAGUGAGAGGGAUUCCGUUUAACCUCUCCUCUCAGGAAGACAUCAUCCUUCCGAUCACUGGAUUACCAUCCUACUUUGUUGGGGUGGACUUUAGUGCUGAGGAUGAUGCUAUCUUCUUCUCAGACACAGUCAAAGAUAUGAUCUACAAACAGAAAGUGGAUGGGACUGGCAGGGAGGUGCUGGCGGCCAACAGAGUGGACAGCGUGGAAGACCUGGCUUAUGACUGGAUUUCUAAAAAUCUCUACUGGACUGACCCACGAUACAGGAGCAUAUCUGUCAUGAAGGUUGCCAAUAAGUCCAGGCGGGCUAUCAUACAGAACCUGAACAACCCGAGGGCCAUUGUGGUCCAUCCUCUUGUUGGGUAUAUUUUUUGGACAGACUGGUACCGACCCGCAAAGAUUAUGAGAGCUUGGGGAGAUGGGUCACAUGCCCUGUCUAUUGUAAACACCACUCUUGGCUGGCCGAAUGGCCUCGCUAUUGACUGGAGCUCAAUGCGUUUGUAUUGGGUAGAUGCCUUCUUUGACAAAAUUGAGCACAGCAAUUUUGAUGGACAUAACAGGCUUUCUUUGGACCGCAUUACUCAAAUGUCCCAUCCUUUUGGCCUCACCAUCUUCGAAGGCUAUGCAUAUUUCACCGAUUGGCGUCUGGGUGGAAUUGUCCGCGUCCGCAAAACUGACGGUGGGGAGAUGGUGGUAAUCCGAAGAGGCAUCAGCCACAUCAUGCAUGUCAAAUCUUUCAACUUCAACUCUCAAAUUGGUACCAACCCGUGCAACCGGCCGACAAAUCCAAAUGGGGACUGUAGCCACUUUUGCUUCCCAGCCCCCGACUCUCAGCGGGUGUGUGGGUGUCCGUACGGCAUGAAGCUGUCUCUCAACCAACAGACGUGUGUGGAGGACCCUUCCAGUGAGCCCCCGACACUACAGUGUGGCACCAACUCCUUCUCCUGUGGCAACGGGAAAUGUGUCCCAAACAACUACCAAUGCGACGGCGUUGAUGACUGCCAUGACAACAGCGAUGAGGCCAACUGUGGCAUCAAUAACACCACUUGCGCCUCUUCCGCAUUCAAUUGCGCCAAUCAGCGUUGUGUGCCGGCCUCGUGGCGUUGUGAUGGCCACAACGACUGCCUGGAUGACAGUGACGAAUCUGACUGCCCGACACAUGUUCCGGGAACCUGCGCGGUCAAUCAGUUUAUGUGUGCCAAUCGGCGCUGCAUCCCGCUCACCUGGCGGUGUGACACCGAUAACGACUGUGGUGACAGUUCAGAUGAAGCUGACUGCCAUCAGAGUAGCACAUGCCAUCCAGACCAGUUUCAGUGUCCAGACCAUCGCUGCAUAGCCCCCACCUAUGUCUGUGAUGGUGAUCGGGACUGUAUGGAUGGGGCAGAUGAGGAAGGAUGCAUCUACAACUGCAGUCUGAACGAGUUCAAGUGCUCCCAUGGUCACCAGUGCAUCAACUCCUUCUACCGAUGUGACGGUGUCUUUGAUUGCAGGGAUCGCUCAGAUGAGCAAGGCUGUCCAACCAGGCCUCCCGGCAUGUGUCAUCAUGAGACCGAGUUCCAGUGCCAGUCAGACGGCAACUGCAUCCCAUCCACCUGGGAAUGUGACAGUCACUCGGACUGCGAGGAUGGCAGCGACGAGCACCACGCCUGCCCACCUCGCACCUGUCCUUCCUCACUCUUCCGAUGUGACAAUGGCAACUGUGUGUUGCGCAGCUGGUUGUGCGACGGAGACAAUGACUGUAGAGACAUGACCGACGAGCGGGACUGUCCCACGCCGCCUUUCCGAUGCCCAAGCUGGCAGUGGCAGUGUCCAGGCUACAGUAUGUGUAUCAACCUCACUGCAGUGUGCGACAACAAUCCUCACUGCCCUAAUGGUGCAGACGAGUCUCCUCUCUGCAACGAGCCUUUGCCAGAUCAGGAGAGUUGCUCUGACAACAAUGCUGGAUGCACCCAUGGCUGUAUCCAAGGGCCCUUUGGGGCCCAGUGCACUUGCCCUUUGGGCUAUCAACUGAGCAAUGACUCCAAAACCUGUGAGGAUAUAGAUGAAUGUCAUCCUCCUGGACUAUGUAGCCAGUAUUGCUUUAAUGAGCGAGGUUCUUUCCGGUGCCACUGCCAUGAUGGUUACACUCUUGAAGAGGACCAGCGGACGUGUAAGGCCUCAGAUUUUCGUCAAGCCUUCUUGUUGGUGGCCAGUCGAAAUCACAUAGUGCAAGAUGAUAUAAGUACUCAACCCAACGUGGUUCACUCGCUGGUCCGGGAUGGACACAACAUCGUGGCCCUUGACUUUGACUCGGUCACUGACCGCGUGUACUGGUCCGAUACAAGCCAGGACAGGAUCUGGAGCACUCAUAAAAAUGGCAGUGAUCGAACUGUGAUAUUUGACAGUGGGGUGACGGUGACAGAGAGCCUUGCUGUGGAUUGGGUGGGCAGGAACCUCUACUGGACUGACUACGUUCUGGAGACAAUUGAGAUUUCCAGACUCGAUGGUACUCAUCGGACCGUGUUGGUCAGCGAAAAUGUCACCAACCCUAGAGGCCUGGUGCUGGACCCAAGAGACAGUGCUCACCUGAUGUUUUGGACUGACUGGGGUAGGAACCCCCACAUCGAGAGGGCCAGCAUGGAUGGGAAUCUGAGAACCAUUAUCAUAAGCAACAAAUUGUACUGGCCCAAUGGUCUUACCAUAGAUUAUCCCAACAAUUUGUUGUACUUUGCUGAUGCCUACUUGGAUUUCAUUGACUACUGCGAUUAUAAUGGCAAGAAUAGAAAACAAGUUCUGGCCAGUGACCUGGUUCUUCAACAUCCCCACGCAAUUACCAUUUUUGAGGAUUUUGUCUAUUGGACCGACAGAUACAUCAAUCGGGUGAUGCGAGCCCAUAAGUGGCAUGGGGAGAACCAGACAGUGAUGCUGUACAACCUCCCUCAGCCAAUGGGUCUUGUGGCAGUGCACCCAGCACGGCAGCCAGCAGGUACCAAUCACUGCUCCCAGAAUCCUUGCACUCACAUCUGCCUGCUCUCAGCCGUUGGACCAAGGUUCUACUCAUGUGCGUGCCCCUCAGGGUGGACUCUGGCAGCGGACCAAGUCACAUGUACAAGAAUUGAAGAUCCUUUCUUGGUGGUGGUGAGAGACAGCAUCAUUUAUGGCAUUUCCUUGAACCCGAAUGACAGAAACAAUGAUGCAAUGGUGCCUGUGGCUGGACUUCAGAAUGGCUACGAUGUUGACUUUGAUGACAGUCAACAGACCCUUUACUGGGUUGAGCACCCAGGUGAAAUCCAUAGAGUGAGGUCAGAUGGUACCAAUAGGACAGAGUUUGCCCCAGCAGCCAUCCUGGGAUCACCUGUGGGUCUGGCCCUGGACUGGAUAACAGAAAACCUCUACUAUACCAAUCCGUCAACACAGUCAAUUGAAGUUUUGAAGCUGAGAGGGGAGUCACAGUACAGGAAAACACUCGUCACAAAUAAUGGCUCUCCAAUUGGUGCAGGCAGUCCUGUUGGCAUUGCUGUGGACCCGGCACGUGGAAAAUUGUACUGGACUGACCAAGGAACAGAGAGUGGGAUCCCUGCCAAGGUGGCAUCCGCAGACAUGGAUGGCUUAAACCCUGUUACACUGUUCACCCAUAACCUGGAUCACAUUGAGUUCCUUACUGUGGACAUUCAAGAUAACAAGCUGUACUGGGCGGUUACAAGCAGUGGCAUGAUUGAGCGGGGAGAUCCAGAUGGGACUAACCGUGUAACCAUCGUGUCAGGUUUGGCUCACCCCUGUGGUGUAGCCAUCUAUCAAAACUUCCUGUACUUCACCGACCGAGACUUCGAGGUCAUAGAGCGGACGGACAAGUUCACAGGCGCCAACCGGGUCGUGCUACGGGACAAUGUGUCUGGACUUAGAGUUCUGAAAGUCCAUUAUCGAGACACCUCUGCAGGCGUAACCAAUGGCUGUACCAACAACAUGGCUGCAUGCGAGCAUCUGUGCCUGCCUCGGCCGCGGGGUCUUUUCACUUGUGCCUGCGCCACAGGCUUUAAACUCAACCCUGAUAACACGACCUGUGCAACUUAUGAGUCCUAUGUUGUCAUCUCUACGCUGUCCGCUAUCAAAGGCUUCAGUCUCCAAGGGGUAGACCACUCUGAAGCCAUGGUGCCGGUAGCUGGGCGAGGCCGCAAUGCUUUACACAUCGAUGUGCACAUGGCAUCUGGUUACAUCUACUGGUGUGACUUCAGCAGUACUGUUACAGCACAGAACGGCGUCAGAAGGAUCAAGACUGAUGGCUCAGGAUUAGGUAGUGUAGUGACAAGUGGGAUAGGACGCAAUGGAAUACGUGGGAUAGCCGUGGACUGGGCUGCAGGGAAUCUUUAUUUCACCAAUGCCUUCCUGACAGAGACAUACGUUGAGGUUCUUCGCCUGAACACUACUUUCCGAAGGGUACUCUUAAAAACCCAGGUGGAUAUGCCACGGCACAUUGUAGUAGACCCUAAAAAUAGAUACCUAUUCUGGGCUGACUACGGCCAGAACCCCAAAAUUGAGCGAGCACUCUUGGAUGGAACAGAACGCACAAUUUUAGUAUCAUCAGGAAUCAUCACCCCGCGAGGACUAGCCCUGGACCAGGAAACUGGAUAUGUCUACUGGGUUGAUGACUCUCUGGAUAUGAUUGCCCGAGUGAGCCCCCGAGGAGGCGAGACAGAGGUAGUGCGGUACGGCAGUCGCUACCCAACUCCAUACGGGAUCACCGUGUUCGAUGGAAAUAUAAUUUGGGUGGACAGAAACCUCAAGAAGGUGUUCCAAGCAAGCAAGGAGCCCGGCAGCACAGAGCAACCUGCUGUCAUCAGAGACAACAUCAACAUGCUGAGAGAUGUUACUAUUUUUGAUCAGCGCAUGCAGCCAAUUACGGCCUUUGAGCUUAACAAUAACCCAUGUGUUGAGGCCAACGGAGGCUGUACCCACCUUUGCUUUGCCCUGCCAACCACGGAUGUUGGCAACACUUUCAGAAAAUGUGCCUGUGCGUUUGGGAAUCUCGCAGCAGAUAACGAAAGCUGUGUGGUGUCAAGGGAUGACUAUCUUAUCUACACCACAGAAAGUACCGUGCGUAGCUUACGCCUAGAUCCAGAAGACCACGCUGUGCCCUUCCCCGUGGUCAAUGUGCCACGUACCUCCGUGGCACUGGAUUUUGACCUCACUGACCAAAGAAUCUACUUCACUCAGAGCUCAGGCGCUGGAGCCAGCAAGAUAAGCUACAUCAGCUUGUCGUCUCCCACUUCAGGUCCAGUUGUGGUGGCUUUAGAUCUAGGGGCACCGGAUGGCAUUGCAUAUGACUGGAUAAACAAAAGGAUUUACUACAGCGACUAUGCAAACCAGAGCAUCAGCUCCAUGUCCGUCAAUGGAUCUCAGAGAACUAUUAUUGCCCACGUGUCCAGGCCGAGGGCCAUCAUGUUGGAUCCCUGCCGAGGCUACAUGUAUUGGACUGACUGGGGGACCCAUGCAAAGAUCGAGCGUGCUACAUUAGGUGGGAACUUCCGAACAGAGAUUGUGAACAGCAGUCUGGUGUGGCCCAACGGACUAAGCUUAGACUAUGAAGAGGAGCGGCUGUAUUGGGCUGAUGCCAGCUUACAGAAGAUUGAGCGAUCUUCUCUGAGUGGAUCAAAUCGAGAGGUCAUCGUCAGUACGGCCAUCUACCCAUUUGCCAUGGCAAUGUUUGGACAGUUUAUCUAUUGGACUGAUUGGAACACACGUAGCAUCUACCGUGCCAACAAACACGAUGGCUCUGACCAAACGAUUAUGAUUCAGAACCUCCCGUCACGGCCAAUGGAUAUCCACGUUUUGGCCAGUGGGAAGCAACAGCAGUGUAUCAGUCCUUGUGAGCAAUUUAAUGGAGGCUGCAGCCAUAUCUGUACACCAGGGCCCAAUGGAGCUGAGUGUCACUGUCCGUCGGAGGGCCACUGGUACCUCGCUGACAAUAAGCACUGCAUACUUGAUAACGGAACACGUUGCCAGGCCAGUCAGUUUACUUGCUUGAAUGGCCGCUGCAUUCGUUCCCAGUGGAAGUGUGACAAUGACAAUGACUGUGGGGACGGCAGCGAUGAGCUGGAAAGAGUAUGUGGAGUGAAGACUGAUUUCAACUACAUUGUCCCUCAGUUCCUGUCAUCGUUUGUGGCUUUGUCAGCUUUCCACACAUGUGACCCCACGGUGUUUACCUGUGGCAACGGGCGAUGUGUGCCCUACCACUACCGCUGUGACCACUAUGAUGACUGCGGCGAUAACAGCGAUGAGGUUGACUGCCUGUUCAGGCAGUGCGACACCAACGCAGAGUUUGCCUGCAAUAAUGGCCGCUGUAUUUCCAAGGAUUAUGUUUGCAAUGGCAUCAAUAACUGCUAUGACAACGGCACCUCAGAUGAGCAAAACUGCCCCGAGAGGACCUGCCAGCCGGAACACACCAAGUGUCAGUCGACCAAUAUUUGCAUCCCACGUUCAUACCUGUGUGAUGGAGACAACGAUUGCGGGGAUAUGAGCGAUGAGAGUCCGACGCACUGUGCUACAUCCACAUGUACCCAGAACGAGUUCCGUUGUUCCAGCGGUCGUUGCAUCCCUGCCCAUUGGUACUGUGAUGGAGGGGCUGAUUGUGCCAACAGCUCCGAUGAACCCCUCUCCUGCACCACAUUAGCAAAGACCUGCAAUGCAGAUCAGUUCCGUUGUGAUGAUGGAAGGUGCAUUGCUUCCUCCUGGAUCUGUGAUGGUGACAACGACUGCGGUGACAUGAGCGACGAAGACCAGAGGCACAAUUGUGCCAACCGCACCUGUUCGAGUGCAGAGUUCACCUGUGCGAACAGCCAACCGCCUCAGCGCAAGUGCAUUCCUCAAGACUGGGUGUGUGACGGAGAUGCGGACUGCACAGAUGCACUGGAUGAGCAUCAGAACUGCACUCGGCGAUCCUGUGGCAUCAACGAGUUCACCUGCAGUAACGGCCUCUGCAUACGUAGCUCCUACAGGUGCGACAGGCGAAACGACUGCGGGGACAGCAGCGAUGAACAGGGUUGCACCUACCAGCCGUGCCAGCAGCACCAAUUUACCUGCCAGAACGGCCGAUGCGUGUCGCACGACUUUGUCUGUGACGGAGACAACGACUGCGGCGAUGAGUCAGAUGAGCUCCAGCAAAUGUGCCACACUCCCCCACCCACAUGCCCCCCAGGAGAGUUCAGAUGUGACAACGGACACUGUAUCCCCCUGAGCCAGGUGUGUAACCGGGACGACAACUGCUCCGACAACAGUGACGAGAAAGGAUGUGGUAUCAAUGAGUGCAUAGACCCGUCCAUCCAUCACUGCGACCACAAUUGUUCAGACACCUCCACUAGCUUCAUCUGCACUUGUCGUUCAGGCUAUCGCCUCAUGUCCGACGGUACAACGUGCGACGAUGUGAACGAAUGCAGCGAGAUGCCAAGCGUGUGCAGCCAGGUGUGCGAGAACACGGUGGGCUCGUAUGUCUGCAAGUGCGCCCCAGGAUUCCUGCGAGAGCCGGACAGCCGCAGUUGCCGCCAGAACAGCAAUAUCUCGCCUUACCUCAUCUUCAGCAACCGCUACUACCUCAGGAACCUGUCCACAGACGGGCAGGCCUACUCGCUGAUACUACAGGGCCUUACCAGUGUGGUGGCCAUGGACUUUGACCGUGUGGACAAGCGCUUCUAUUGGAUUGAUGUGAACAGCAGAGUGAUUGAGAGGAUGUCCUUCAAUGGCAGCAACAGAGAAGUGGUGGUCAGCGGAGUUCUGCAUGGCGAGGGCCUUGCGAUCGAUUGGAUCGCCAGGAAACUUUACUGGGUGGAUAGCUUAAUGGAUUGCCUCAAGGUGUCGGAACUGGAUGGCCGUUUUGUGAAAAAACUGGCUGAACAUUGCGUUGAUGCUAAUAACACUUACUGCUUUGAGAACCCCAGAGCUAUUGUGUUGCAUCCCAAACACGGAUAUGUAUACUGGACUGACUGGGGCGACAAAGCCUUCAUAGGACGAGUUGGAAUGGAUGGGACCAACAAAGUGGCGGUCAUCACCUCUAAAAUUGAGUGGCCCAAUGGCCUCACCAUUGACUACACAAAUGACAAGCUCUAUUGGUCUGACGCGCAUUUGAACUACAUCGAAUACUCCAACCUAGAUGGCCACCACAGGCACACGGUGUACAACGGAGUUUUGCCUCAUCCGUUUGCCAUCACCGUGUUCGAGGACACUGUUUACUGGACUGACUGGAACACACGAACAGUCGAAAAAGGGAACAAAUAUGAUGGCUCUGGUCGCCAGGUCCUGGUAAACACCACACACAGACCGUUUGACAUUCAUGUGUGCCAUCCUUACAGACAGCCCAUUGUAAACAAUCCCUGUGCUGUGAACAAUGGAGGCUGCACUCACCUCUGCCUCAUCCGUCACGGGGGGCGGGAACACACCUGCGAGUGUCCUGACCACUUCCUGGCAAUGCCAGUAGGAGGAGUGACCAGAUGCCUUCCCAUGUGCACCAGCACCCAGUAUAGAUGCGCCAACAAUGAACGAUGUAUUCCGAUCUGGUGGAAGUGUGAUGGUCAGAGAGACUGCAGAGAUGGUUCGGAUGAAACUUUCACCUGCCCCACACGGCACUGCAGACUCGGGCAGUUUCAGUGCAAUGACGCCAACUGCACCAGCCCGCACUUUCUGUGCAACGGCAAGCAGGACUGCCGCGAUGGAUCAGAUGAAGACUCUGUGCUGUGUGCCACACAUCAGUGUGAAUCUCACCAGUGGCAGUGUACAAAUAAGCAGUGCAUCCCUGAGUCGUGGCAGUGCGAUGGUGAGGAUGACUGCGGUGAUCACUCCGAUGAAGACGCAUCCCAUUGUUCCACCAGGACGUGCCGUCCCGGACAGUUCAAAUGUCGCAAUGGACGCUGCAUCCCCCAAAAUUGGAAAUGCGACACUGAUGAUGACUGUGGGGACAACUCUGAUGAGCCUCUGGAGGAAUGCAUGGGGCCGGCAUAUCGAUGCGACAACCACACCGAGUUUGAUUGCAAGACCAACUACCGAUGUGUGCCUCUCUGGUCUGUAUGCAAUGGCCACGAUGACUGCAGAGACAACAGCGAUGAGCAAGCUUGCGAUGAGGUGACCUGCGACACUAGUGGAGACUUUCAGUGUGACAACCGUCGUUGCAUCCCAUUAAGGUGGCACUGCGACGGGGAUGAUGACUGCGGGGACAGUUCUGACGAACGCAGCUGCACACCACGCGUGUGUACUGAGAGUGAGUUUCGCUGCAAUAAUCUGCACUGCAUUCCCGACCGUUGGGUCUGUGACCAUGACAACGACUGUGAAGACAACUCAGAUGAAAGGGACUGUGAGCUUCGGAUGUGUCACCCGGGCUACUUCCAGUGCGAAAGUGGACAUUGCAUCGCCGAUCGCUUCAAAUGUGACGGCAACGCCGAUUGCGUGGACUACACGGAUGAGUCGUCAUGUCCGCCACGCUUUCCAAACGGCACGUACUGCCCCCACUUCCUGUUUGAAUGCAAGAAUCACGUCUGUGUCCAGCCCCACUGGAAGUGCGACGGUGACGACGACUGUGGGGACAGUUCAGAUGAGGAGCUUCACCUUUGCUUGUCAGUCCAGUGUGAGACGCAGUUCCGUUUCCGCUGCGACAACAACCGCUGCAUCUACAGUCACGAGCUGUGCAACUCUGUGGAUGAUUGUGGUGACGGCUCGGAUGAGAGACAAGAAAACUGUCAAAGCCCCACACACGGACCCUGCACAGACGAGGAGUACAAAUGCAGUAAUCGAAGAUGUGUUCCUCUUCAGUAUGCGUGCGAUGAGUAUGAUGACUGCGGGGACCAAUCGGAUGAACUCGGCUGCCACCAGCACAGCACACACUCUUGUAGUGACCACGUAUGUGAACACAACUGCACUGACCUGACCGAUGGAGGGUUCUUGUGCUCCUGCAUGCCAGGCUACCAGGCCAGAAGCGGCGAACGCCACACCUGUGAAGAUAUCAAUGAAUGUGAGGUGUACGGGAUUUGUCCACAAGAGUGCAAGAACACAAAAGGAAGCUACGAGUGUUUCUGCGCUGAGGGCUUUGUCUCCUUUAGUGAGCCGCACGGAAUCCAGUGUGCCGCACAAGGAAACCCACCAGUGCUGCUUCUGCCAGAUAACGUCCGUAUUCGCCGUUUCAACCUGUCAUCAGAGCAGUAUUCAGACUAUGUGGACAAUGCAGAGCAUAUUCAAGCUCUGGACUACUUGUGGGAUCCCGACAAACAAGGCCUUAGUAUCGUGUACUGGACAGUAGUGGGUCGAGGAUCCGAGUUUGGCUCCAUCAAACGGGCCUAUAUGACCACCUUCAAUGAUCACGGCAACAACCCAGUCAGAGACAUGGACCUCAACUUGAAAUAUGUGGCCAAUCCCGACGGCAUCGCUGUGGACUGGGUUGGCGGGCACAUUUAUUGGACUGACACUGGCACCAAUCGCAUUGAAGUAGCCAAACUGGACGGACGCUACAGGAAGUGGUUGGUCCACACUGACCUUGACCAGCCCGCUGCUAUCGUUGUCAAUCCAGCACUCGGAACAAUGUACUGGACAGACUGGGGCAGGAGACCUAAAAUAGAGUCAGCAUGGAUGGAUGGCCAAAAAAGGCAGGUUCUGGUCAACGAAGAAGACUUGGGCUGGCCUACUGGUCUGGCUCUGGACUAUCUGAAUGCACACAGGAUCUACUGGUGUGACUCCAAAGAAAACAUCAUUGGGUCCAUGAAGCCUGAUGGUACAGACAGAAAGAUCAUCAUAUCAGGAGACAUUGGGAAUCCAUACAGUCUGGACCUUUUUGAGGGCCAUGUGUACUGGACAACUAAGGAGAAAGGGGAAGUGUGGAGGACUAAUAAGUUUGGGAAAGGAAAUAAAGUCAAAGUUUUAACCAUCAACCCUUGGUUGACACAAGUCCGCAUUUACCAGGAACACCGACACAACCACUCAGUUCCCAACCCUUGCAAAAAUGUGUGUAGUCACCUGUGUCUUCUCCGGCCGGGUGGAUACACCUGUGCCUGCCCACAAGGCUCCUCUGCACUGGAUUUCGACUCGGCUGAAUGCGAUGCAGCCAUUGAGACGCCUGUUGCAAUGCCUCUUGCAUGCAGAUGCAUGAAUGGUGGGACCUGCUACACUGAUGAAGGGGGUCUACCAAAGUGCAAAUGCCCUUACAGUUAUUUGGGCAGCUAUUGCGAAAUGGGCAAGUCACGAAGCGCUCCAACAGGAACAGCCGUGACAGUUCUACUCGCAGUCAUCAUCAUCCUUAUGACUGGAGCUUUGGCAGUUGGCAUUUUCCUCAACUACAAACGAACCGGAUCCUUCAUCCCCUCUAUGCCAAAGCUGCCCAGCCUCAGCAGUCUUGUGAAGUCAAACGAGACAGGGAAUGGAGUGAUAUUUCACUCAGGUGAUAACGUGGAUCUCGGACCGACCCACAUUGGAGUGUCAUUCAUUGAUACCACAAUGCAGUUGGAUGAUCAUUUUGCCAUGGAAGCAGCCAGGCAUCCUGUCACCUUUGAGAACCCGUUAUAUGCCAACACGGCUGCCAUGGCUACCGACCCAGCUGUCAUUCACGCCUCACAGGUGACUGUUAACGUGAGUGGCGAGAAAUUACAGAACAACUUUGUGAACCCAGUUUAUCAUGCCGAACAAAGCGGGGGCCUUGUAAAUACUUCAUCUGUCAAGACCAAACCUGUUGAGGAGUCAACAUGGAGCUUUUUCAAGCGCAAACUGAAACCCAGCAGCACAUUUGAAAACCAGUCCUACUCCAAGAUGAAGGAUGACAAGUAUGAAGGAAGCAGAGGCAGUGACAAUUCUUCCCUUGAGCCAUUUGAACCACCCCCCAAACCUCCAAGGAGGGACCAUCAUCAUCAUCACCACCACCACCAUCAUCAUCAUCAUCAUCCAAGCACCUUUUCACCCACCGAGGACAGUUUUAAGGACACGGCCAAUCUUGUAAAAGAGGACAGCGAUGUAUAACCACACCCUCGCUGAAGGGGAGAAUCACACUUUGCACAGAAUUUAUUUUUUUAAUGCAGCCUGCGGGGGGG